AUGAGAAGAGCGGAUUCGUGCAGCGGCAGUGCUGCGGUGGUCGUCAGGGAGAAGGGUUCGGAAGAUGUGAAGAUGGGGGUAAAGAACAACCGAGCGCUGGCGGUGGCGAGCGGGUUCUGGCAGGGACGAUUCAGAUCCGCCGGCUGGAGAUCGAAGGGAAAAGAUGGGCGGUACCGACGAAGGAUGAAGAACAGAAUGGUGUCUUUAUGA